AUGUCUGGAUUCAAUGAAGAAACUACUAGAGGAAACAUCAACAUACCACCUUUGUUUGAUGGAGAACAUUUUGAGUAUUGGAAAAACAGGUUGAGAAGUUUCUAUAUUUUACAAGAUCCCGAACUUUGGGACCUGGUGGAAUAUGGUUAUAUUGCUCCGAAGAAUACUGAUGGUAUUGAAAUUCUAAUAAAGAAGAUGAAUGUUGAUAAGAAGACCAUGUACAAGAUGCAUCAUAAGUUUAGAACAUUCAUGAUAAAUGUAUUCAAGGAGUUUUACAAGUGCACCAACAAAGAGACAAAAAUUCUUAGGAGACUGACAAGCAAGUGGAGACAUAAGAUCACUGCCAUUCAAGAAGCAAAUGAUUUGAAUACUCUAAAGUUGAAAGAAUUAAUCAGCUCUCUUAGAUCACAUGAAAUUGAAUAUGAUGAAGAUGAGCCCAAGAAGAGGAACAAGACUCUGGCCUUGAAAUCCAAGAAGAAGAUGGUUCUAACGGCAACAUCAGAAUCAGAAGAAAGUGAUUCAGAUCAUCAGAAUCUGAACUCAAAUGAAAAGGAGAUUGCUUUCAUAUCAAGAAAUAUUCAAAAGAUGUGGCACAACCGAAAGAAGAAAUUUCCCCAAAUAUAUUCCAAGCAAUCCAACAGAGGGAAUGGUGAUAAAUAUCAAAAGAAAAGCACCAUCUUCUAUGGAUGCAAUGAACCUAGACAUAUCAAGACAGAAUGUUCAAAUAUUGGGAAAGGGAAACACCAGAGGAAAUAUGCCAAACCCAAGAAGAAGAGUCUGAAGGCUACAUGGAAUGAUUCUGAGGAAUCAUGUGAUGAUGAACAAGCAGAUUUGGCUAUGAUGGCUUUCACCAACUCUGUCUCUGGAUUCAGCACAGAGUUUGACUCUAGAAGUGAAUCAGCAGGUGAAGAAAUUAAGAUGUCCUCAGUAAUCAAGUUAAAAUACCAAUCAUGGUACUUAUACAGUGGAUACUCACGACAUAUGACGGGAGAAAAGUCUAUGCUCCAAGAACUAACUUUGAGCAAAUCAAGCACGAUGACUUUUUCAAAGCAAGAUGAUGAUAUUGCAUGUUUAUUGGAACCAAAGGAAGAUGACGCAGAUAAACCAGAAGAACUUGAAAAAUCAAAUGAUACAAGCAAAUCAGAAAAAUGUGAAAAAUCUUCAAAGGAUGAAUCUGAUCAAGUCAGAAAUAGUCAAGAUAAGUUAGAAGAAAGAUAUGGAUGGAAGUACCAGUCAUCUCAUCUUGAAACUCGAAUCAUUGGAAGUGCAAGUGAUCCUUUGAGGACCAGAUCAUCACUUAAAGAUACCAAUUUGUUUGGCUUACUCUCAUCAAUUGAGCCUAGCUCUAUUGAUGAAGCAUUGAAAGACAAUGGAUGGAUUCUUGAAAUGCAAGAAGUGUUAAAUGAAUUUGAGAGGAAUGAUGUUUGA